GUCUUUUUCAAUGGGCCUGCGAAACCGGUCUUCUCCUCACGGAUGCAUCUAUUUGUCAGAUAAUGUUCAUUCGGCCUGCAUCCGUUUAAAAUCCGAAUUCCGUCAAUUAUAAAACAAAACCCAUCUGCUGCUUCUCCAGUUGCCAUAACUUGGUGACCACAUCAACCCCUCAGAAAUUCUCCUUACAAUACUCAUUGCCACUUGAAAUUCUGAGUGCAGAUUAUUUUCUACCCUCUUCUCCUAAUUUACAAGCCUCUCGGAGCAUUCGCAAUAAUGGCACUCCCCCUGGCACCGCCUGCCAAGAGCCCUCUGGGUCGCUACAGACUGUUGUCGCCCACGGCGGGCGUCCGAGUGAGCCCUUUGUGUCUUGGUGCCAUGAACUUUGGCAACAGCUGGAAGGAACGCAUGGGUACUUGUGACCAGCAGCAGACUGAAGAGAUUCUCGAUUAUUUCUACAGCCAGGGUGGAUACAGCAGAACCUGCAGCGAGGGAGAGAAAGCUUACAUCCAUGGUGGUUCAGGAAACUUUAUCGACACAGCCAACAACUACCAGUUCGAAGAGUCCGAGACAUGGCUCGGAGAGUGGAUGAAGAAGCGAGGUGUCCGCGAUCAAAUGGUCAUUGCUACCAAAUAUACAACGAACUACCGCUCAGGUCCUGCAGGUAACGGGUCCAUUAUGGCCAACUACACUGGUAACAGUACCAAAAGCCUCCGAUCCUCAGUUGAUGCGAGCCUCAAGAAGCUCCAGACCGAUUACAUCGAUCUACUCUAUGUUCACUGGUGGGACUACUCGACCUCCAUCCCAGAGCUUAUGCAGAGCUUGAAUCAGCUUGUGACGGCAGGAAAAGUGCUUUACUUGGGUAUCAGUGACACUCCUGCGUGGGUUGUGAGCAAGGCCAAUGAAUACGCAAGGAACCAUGGCCUCCGUCAGUUCUCCGUUUAUCAAGGCAAAUGGUCUGCUGCCGCGAGGGACUUUGAGCGAGAUAUCAUUCCUAUGGUCAAAGAUGAGGGGAUGGCACUCGCGCCUUGGGGCGCCCUUGGAGCAGGCAACUUCAAGACAGAAGAGCAAAGGCAGAGCACUGAAGGUCGCCGUUUCAGACCCGCUACAGAAGCUGAUAUCAAGAUCAGCCAGGUGCUCGAGACCAUUGCUAAGCGCAAGGGUACCAUUAUAACCUCUGUGGCGCUAGCAUAUGUCAUGCACAAGUCCCCAUAUGUCUUUCCCAUUGUUGGCGGCCGUACUGUUGACCAUCUCAAGCAAAACAUCGAGGCUUUGGCCCUGGAGCUGAGUAGCGAUGAGAUUUCCGAGAUUGAGGGCGCUGUGCCUUUUGACCUAGGAUUUCCUCACAACAUGCUCUGGGGUGAGAAGACACCAGAGAAUCGCCAGGAAGUCUGGUUGGUCAACAUGGGAGGUCAAUUCGACUAUGUUCCAGACCCCAAGCCGAUCCCGGCCUCCAAGGGCGGAGUCUAGGGUUUCCGUUCGAUGACAUCUCGGUGGAGGUGGCGAACACGGGACUAUUAGGUAGAGGAUGACAGGCGUGCUUACAGAGGCGAAAACCGUUCCUCGCACAAAAGGCGUUGUUAUGCAGUCAAAACCGACCAAGGGCACCAUCGUUGAGCUUUUCAAAGAAAAAGAAGAAAAAAAGCAUACAUUCAAAUGAGAAACAAGGUUGAGAUUCGGUUGCUUCUGAUCAUAUCGUCAUUGUUUGGCCGAGGCCUAUUAACUGUAGCGAAGGAAAAUCAAGGAAAACGAUAGCAACAGUAUACAUAUGAUAUCUGUACGGGAGGUCUCAGAAGAGACAAUUUUCAACCAAAAAAGAGUCAGCUGCUCGAAUACCGCGGAUCAACUCGCUCAGUAUGUUGCCUGGUUCUAGCAUUGCUAAUACACUCUGUCACAAGCCUCAACGCCAGCCAGCUUGGUCCUCGCCCUCAGAAUCUGACAGCUCAUAGGUUUGCCAAGUUUUCUGUGUUGAUCUCUGCUGAUUUGCUGAGUUCCUGACUCCCGCGCCUUUCAAGAUAGCAGCUGAAAAGUUCCAAGGAG